AUGAUGGAAUACAUAGUAGGAUCAGAUGCAUCCGAUUGGGCACGUCUUGAGUUGAACAAACCGGGUCGUUCCAAAUUGUACGAUCUCCACUUGAAUAAGAAUGUUCACGGAGGGAUUUGUGUGAAAAAUUCUCAGCCACAUGACCCCUUUUACUGCGGUUGGCGCCAUUUCAACGAAUUACCUCCUCAAUGUGCGCGAAAUUCUUCUACCUUGACCUCUUUCGGCGAAAACGAAGGUGUGCCAUCCGAUAACAAGCGUCAAAUUGGGCCGCCGUCCUUGUGUGGGGAAGACAAAUGCCCAUUAGGAGAGAAAAACAACCUGGAUUUUUUACAAAAUCCGGAACUGUCAUCGUUUUAUGACAGCGUGCUUGAUUUACUUCAUGAUCAGUCGUCUGAAAUGCCCCGGCAUGCAGCGACAACGGAUCGCCCUGGGGAUACUGCUACACAUACUUCUGCGCUUUCUCAGACAGACACCAAAUUGCCCACAACUCUCUGUGGGCUUUUUAUCAGCGAUAAAACGUGGAUAAACGGAUGCCCAUCCAGUGAUGAGUGGAAGACGCCCGCGCCCGUCAUGAAGAAUAAUGCUGGUUGUAAUUUGGCACCCCCGUUGGUGACACCUGUGGGGGAGCUUCCCGUCCCUUGGAACCCAGAAGACUCUCCUGAGCAUUGGAAGAAGGUCCCCGCGCAGACACCUUCUCACCGCUUGAUGGGUACGACGGAGGGUGAGGUGAUAUGUUCUUCCUUACCAAAGAGUGUCGUUCCAUCCUGUCUGAAAGGAAAUUUCAUUAAGCAGCUCCUGGCACAGUUAACAACAGGCACAAAUGAAGCUUUUGUAGUGACUUCUGAGAAAAAAUUGACUUUGAUGUCAAAAAAACCCGAAGUCAAGCCUAUUCCGAUUGAUUUGGCUGCCAUUGAGAGGCCAAUAACCGAUUUUUGUGACGUUCCACUGGCGAACAACGGAAUGGUAAAAAGAAGCGAGUGUUCAAGUGGAACUCUUCUAAGUGUAACAUCUCCUGGCGGCAUAAUGCCGUCGUGUUGCAAGCCGCCACCCGCUGUUGGCUGUUCACCAAUUUCUUCUCCCCGAGAAGGAACGCUUGAGAUGGGGAGUUGUGUGACCAAUGGUGAUAAGAAUGGGCGCCUCAUUGGUGUCGUACCUUGGCAAGGAAACAAUAUAGUGGAUUCGCCGCGAACGACUUACAGCGGCGAUUGCCAUUCCGGUCAUUCCUCCCAUUCAUAUUGGCACACCCCUUUUGUAUUUGCCUUGAAUCGGAAAAUUCUGGGUGACUUGCACCGCAACUCGCCUCAAAGUAUUGAUUCCAGGGAUGUGAUUGAUGGUUUAUCCUUCAGUGCACUAAAGUCAGUGGAAGAAUGGCCUCCACGAACAAGGAACGAUGUAUUACAUUUGUUAAAACGGUUUCAAGCGAGGGAUCUUCUGCAACACCUUCGUGUCGUGAGCUUCUCGUGGAAAAGCCCCGAAGGCGUGCGUCGGUUGCUUGAGUCUUGGAGACGUAGAGGCAUCUUCCCACCGGAUUUCCAGUUUGGGGUUUACUACUGGUAUACUAUGAAAUGGGGAUGCGAGAGAUUGUGUCUAGAGCACAAUGGCUGUGGAUCUUUGGCAGGACAAGGACGAGGUUGCGAAUACGCAUUGAGGGGGUUUCGACGUAAGUGUCGUUACCCUCAUAGAUGUCUGUUCUGUGGAGCGGAGGAUCAUGGUUGGACUGAAGAGAAGCGUUGCAAACGGUAUUUAAGCCUUCAGAGAGAGAUGAAGCGACUGGGCGUGACUGACGAUGUCGCGUUAAUUCUCCUGGAGGCAUUUGGAUGCGAGGAGUAG